GUUGUGUUGCUGUGACCUCGUAGCUCUCGGUAGUGAGGGAGGAGACUGAAGUGUGUGUGCGCUCGCUGCUCUCCAUUGCAUGGUGGAUGAUGGCCGCGUCAAAGCCUGUCGAGCCGCAGUCUGGGAGUGGUUUACCCCGCUGGCAGCUGGCACUGUUGGUAGGGACCCCAAUAGUUCUCGGGGUAGGUGCCGUGUACCUAUGGAACCGUAGUCGGACGAAGGACAGCCAGGGAAAACGAAAUGGGGAAAGGAAAACACCAGAAGGCAGCGCAAGCCCUGUCCAGGGCCAAGACGGCGCAGCUAAUCGGGCGAGUCCAGAGGUGGAAAACAUGAGUCCUCUAGACCGUGCACAGGGAGCGAAGAACAAGGGCAACAAGUACUUCAAGGCGGGCAAGUAUGAGCAGGCCAUCCAGUGUUACACGGAGGCCAUUGCCCUCUGUCCUGGUGAGCAGAAGGCAGACCUGUCCACCUUCUACCAGAACAGAGCUGCAGCCUAUGAACAGCAGAUGAAGUGGACUGAAGUGGUACAGGACUGCACUCAUGCUGUGGAGUUAAACCCACGCUACAUCAAGGCCCUUUUCAGGAGGGCUAAAGCCCUGGAAAGACUGGACAACAGGAAGGAGUGUCUGGAAGAUGUCACAGCGGUGUGCAUUCUUGAGGCCUUCCAGAACCAGCAGAGUAUGCUGCUAGCAGACAAGGUGCUGAAGUUGCUGGGGAAGGAGAAAGCCAAAGACAAAUACAAGAACCGUGAGCCCCUGAUGCCGUCUCCUCAGUUCAUCAAGUCCUACUUCAGCUCCUUCACCGAUGACAUCAUCUCCCAGCCCCUGCAGAAGGGCGAGAAGAAGGACGAGGACAAGGACAACGAGGGCGAGGCGGCAGAGGUCACCGAGAGCUCUGGCUACCUGAAGGCCAAGCAGUACAUGGAGGAGGAGAACUAUGACAAGAUCAUUAGCGAAUGCACCAAGGAGGUGGAGUCUGGCGGCAGGUACACAGCCGAGGCCCUGUUACUGCGCGCCACCUUCUACCUGCUGAUAGGCAACUCCAACGCUGCCCAGCCUGACCUGGACACGGUCAUCAACAUGCAGGACGCCAAUGUCAAGCUGCGGGCCAACGCCUUGAUCAAGCGUGGGAGCAUGUACAUGCAGCAGCAGCAGCCUCUUCUGUCCACUCAGGACUUCAACAUGGCCGCCGAGAUCGACACGCACAACGCCGAUGUGUACCACCACAGGGGACAGCUGAAGAUCCUGCUGGAUCAGGUGGAGGAGGCGGUGGGGGACUUUGACGAGUGCAUCAUUCUGAGACCGGACUCUGCCCUGGCCCAGGCACAGAAGUGCUUCGCUCUGUACAGACAAGCCUACACUGGGAACAACCCCUCCCAGGUUCAGACGGCCAUGGAUGGCUUUGAGGAUGUCAUCCGGAGGUUUCCCAGAUGUGCAGAGGGCUACGCUCUGUAUGCACAGGCCCUGACCGACCAGCAGCAGUUUGGCAAAGCCGACGAGAUGUACGACAAGUGUAUCGAUCUGGAACCAGAUAACGCUACGACAUAUGUCCACAAGGGGCUGUUGCAGCUGCAGUGGAAACAGGAUCUCGACCUGGGCCUGGAUCUCAUCAGCAAGGCCAUCGAGAUCGACAACAAAUGUGACUUUGCCUACGAAACCAUGGGAACCAUCGAGGUUCAAAGAGGCAACCUGGACAAGGCGAUAGACAUGUUCAACAAGGCUAUUAACCUGGCCAAGUCUGAGAUGGAGAUGGCUCACCUUUACUCACUGUGUGAUGCGGCUUACGCCCAGACCGAAGUGGCCAGGAAGUACGGGCUGAAACCUCCCACGCUGUAACUGCCCCCAUCCGACCCCCACCCCUCUACUGCUGAGCCUGUUCAAAACCUCUGCAAAUCGGAGUUGUUUUGGGUUUGUACAAAACAAGAGUACUGGUUAGGAAGGCUGUUUAAAAAAAAAAAAAGCGGUUUCUUUCUGGUCGUUAUCAUGCGAAUUUAAACCAGAGUUUAAUUUGAGAGGGUAUGUACUGUUCACCAUGAAACUGAUGAUUUUUCAGGCCUCUGGAAGUCUUGGGGAAAUAAAGGUCUUAACCCACACACCCCAUCGUGGCCGGAUAUAGAGUUUGAGCCUGGAUGCUUUUAGUUUCCCUUAUGCUUCACUAUGAGUAUGUUUAUUCUUUAGAAAAGGAGAAAAAAAAAAAACUUCUGUUCAGAAUCUGUAAGGGGGUCGUCCAUUUAUAAUUUACUAAUAUUCCCCAAUUGAGAUGCAUUAGGUUGAUUAUGUCAAAUUAUAGUUGAUUGGUAAAUUGUGUGCCAUUUAAAGGCUGUCUGACAUCUCUGUGCACAUUGACAGCUUCAUGGUGUUCCAAUUAACUGUUCAUUAGUUAUCUAGCUGUUUCUUGUUCUGAACAGCAGUUGCUCUCUGGUCACAUGCAUAUCCUAACAAAUUCUUUAAGUGGCAAAUGCAGGAUUGCAAUUUUAGUCAAAUGUGUAUGUAUAUUAAGAUGUAUGUGUUAGGUGUAAUGCUGGAAUCUGGACUGUGGGCAAACACUGAUGUUAAAUUGAAAGAUUUGGGUCCUAAAGUGUUUUUAUUUUAUUUGGGAUUGCCUGUUUGUCUUUUUAUAUAUUCUGUACAGCAUGUGUGAUAUUUCUCUUUAUAAAUAAAUGUUAAUACAACGCUUGUGCUGA